CAAAAUUACUGAAUUAAUAAUCCCAACUAAAAAUGAACCCCAAAGAAUACCUCCAAGGCGAUCAGCCCCCUACUCCCACUAGUCUUCGCUCUCGUCAGCCAAGUACUCUAGCCCCUUCUACAGAAAUGAACUAACCGAACUAUGGAUCUGGAAGGGGCCUCAAGAAGUGUGCUAGGGAAUACAGGAACUGAGGGAUGCCAGGACGACCAUGAAGGAGCUAACAGUGAAUUGGCAAGGAAUGAGGGAGGUGGGCUAGGAAGAGAUGAUAGUGAUGAUAGAAACAUUUCAGAGUAUAUGACUCCUGGGAAGGCAGGGAGGAUAUAUGAUGCUAGGAAUGUGGAUCCAUAUAGAGAAGUAGAAAUGAGAGACAGAGAUGAAUUGCAAGGGGAUACUUUUGAAGAUGACUUAAAAGAUAACUUAGAUCAAUAUAAGCUGUAUGAAAUUCCAGAAGAGAGAAAAAUUAGGGAUUCUCAAGCAAAACAAGAUAGCUCAGAAAACUCACACCAUCAACAUAGCGAAGUAACUUUUAAUCGUGAUAGUGGCAAGCGAAAUAUAAACGUAAAAGGAACAGAAUCUUCAGAGGAGAGUAAGUAUAAGAACGAUUGACAAAAUAUGAGAAGAGAUCAGAUCAAAGAGAAAGAGCCUAAUAUGUAUCUUAAACACAGUAGAGGAAGUCUCCCAUAUUCAAUUUUGAAAGCUUCUUUUCAAUCUGGAGAUGAAUCUAAAGAUGAGUCUCCAGGGAUGCAUAUAGAGAAUAAGUUUCUCUUUAGACAAUCCGAUGAAGGCAAAAGAGAUAGCUUUUUAUAUGAAAAUACAUCGAGAGGGAAAUAGCAAUAGCUUGACUCUCAAAACCACAUCUUCAAAAGAUUUUGCACAUUUGGGAAAAGACGAUUUAAAAAAUAUUUCGGAACGUUCCUCUGUUCUUUCUCUAAGAUAUCCCCAAACACUUGAUGUCAAACAAACUCCUCGUAUACAGAAAUUUUGUGAGUCUAAUGAUGAUCUGGCAAAUUAUGGAAAAGAAGAAAGAAAGUCUGAAGAGAGUGAUGAAGAUAGCUUACAUUUAGAUACAGAAAAUUCUAUUGAUAAUAAUUUUAGUCCUUCCUCUCAAAUGUAUGAUGUUAAUAAGUUCGAAGAAAAUUAAAAAUCCAGGACUGAAGCUCUUCCAAAGUCCGAAAGAUUAUAUUCCAAUGAAAAUUAAGAAUUGAGAUAUUUGUAAAGAGAAUUAUAAAAGAUUCGAGAAAAUUAGAAUGUACCAACUGCAUGCAAGAUGUGAUUAUUCAUACAAAGAAGUUCUUGAACUUAUUGAUCAAUUUGAUAUUCCUGAGAAAUAAUGAAAACUUUGUUCUGAAUAUGGAUAUGAAUAUAAAAUUCUCAUUAGAAUCAAAAAGAAUCUGAGAGUUUUUCGAGGCAAUUGAAAAAGGAUUACCUCGAUUUAUGAGUUUUGAAAUCAACUCAGUUCGUCCUGCUAAUCAACAAGUCUUGAUUAACUUUAUGACUAAGUACUUCUGUUGAUCUGUAGAUACUUUCUCCUUUAAAUGUUGGCGCUAUGAGAAUGAAUUGAGUCUAGAUCCUUUCUGUGACGGAUUGCUUGGAAUAAGUAAUAGAGUACUAAAGAAGUUGGAUCUUUGGGAUUUUGAAAUUUCUAGAGAGCAGAUAGUUCAAAUAUUUUCCUUUUUCAAGAACACUCCUCACUUGAGUUUCAGUUCCUGUUUUCUAGAACUGUCAGAGUUUCCUAAUUUUGGAGAUUCAUUAAAUGGUUCAAAUAUUAUGAUGCUAAGUUUAAGAUAUUGAGGUGAAAAUAAUAGAGGAAAUUGGGCUGUAAACAGUGAUCACUUUGAGAAUCUCAUAUAUGGACUAGCUGAUUGUCAAGACUUCAAAUAUAGCUUAUCAAGGCUAAAUUUAGCCAUACCAAAAAUUGAACAGGAGUAUUACAGAAGGAUUCUUCUAAGAUACGGAUUUGAAAAAGUAAAGACAUAAUUCUUCUUCAUCA